UAUAGAUAGAUAGAUGAACAAGAUCAAUAGAAGAAGGUGUUGUUAACUUUGUUAUGCUACUUUCCUUCAACCACAAUCUCUCUUUCUCUCUCCCACCACCCAUUCAUCUUUCUCUCUCUUCUUCCUCCAUCAUCCUCUUCAAAAUCUUCUCUUUAAUCCAAACAAUCCCUUAGAAACUUUAAAACCCAUCAUUUUUUCUCUCUCUCUCUCUCUAUAUCUCAUCCAUCAAGUUUCAUUUCAACCCUUGUUGAAAAAAAAAAAUGACUUUUUUGUAAGAACAAGAGAAAAAGGUCAAAGGUUUUUCCUUUGAUUCAUCAAAUUCAUCAAUUUUGAAACGUUUUUUCACCGAUUUGAUUUUCUGGGUCAUCUUAGAAUUCAAAAAAGAUUGAACCUUUGAAGAUGGGUCGUGGAAACGGCGCAACCGCAACAACAGCGGCUGAACCCGGUUCAAACCCGGUUUUUUUCAAAGAGCCGAGAUAUCGUGGUGUUAGAAAAAGACCGUGGGGACGGUUCGCCGCCGAGAUCAGAGACCCUUUGAAGAAAGCAAGAGUUUGGCUCGGAACUUUCGACACGGCGGAACAAGCGGCGCGUGCAUACGACACCGCCGCUAGAAACCUCCGUGGACCAAAAGCAAAGACGAAUUUUCCUCUUCAACAGCCUUUUUACCAUAAUCUUGACGCAGCAGGAGAUCCGUUUUCCGAUCAACGUUUCUUCACCGGCGCCGGUGCCGGAGUUGUUGCCGGUGAGUAUCAAGAUCAUCGGAGACCUACUUCAUCUGGUAUGAGCAGUACCGUUGAAUCUUUCAGCGGUCCACGCCCAUUUCUUCCACCGGCUAUCCCGUCGGCGGUGACCGGAAGAAGGUAUCCUCGUACACCGCCGGUUGCACCUGAAGAUUGCCGGAGUGACUGUGAUUCAUCAUCUUCCGUUGUCGAUGACGGCGACAACGACAACGCGGCUUCGUCGGUGAUGCUUUCGUUUAAACGCGCUCCUCUGCCGUUUGAUCUCAACGCGCCGCCGUUGGAGGAUGCUGACGUGGCAGGUGGUGAGGAUCUACACUGCACCGUUCUAUGCCUCUGAUCAUGAAAAAUGAUAUGAACUUCAUGUAUUGGUUUGUGGAAGAAAUUAUGAUUUUUUUUUAUUAUUUUAAAUUUUUCACUUUUUAAUUUUUUUUUCUUCUUUUUUUCCUCUUUUUUUUAUUAUGCGGAAAAAAUGAAAAUGAAAAUGAAGAUGAAAUUUAUGAUUGAUGAUCGGUUAUGAGAUUAUGAUAAUAUAAUCUUAAUUUCUGUGAGAGUUUGUCUUCUCUUCUGCUUUGAUGUACGAAAAAAAGGCUAAUAUUAUUAUUCAUCAUAAUUUUAUUUUCUAUGUUUUUGUUCUCAAAUUUUUAAGGAUUGUGAGGAAAAACUGGAAAUUAUUAUGAUCUAUCUAUUAGAUUUUAAGGAUGGUGAGAAA